AAGAUCCCAUCGAUCUAUCGAGAAAUAUUGAAUCUUGAUCUCCAAGAACCAAAGCAUCAUAAGAUCAAAUGGCAAUGACUGGUACUACUAGCAGCACUUUGUUGUAUCCCACUCAACAACAACCGCAACAGCCAUUAGGAAGCAAUGAGAUGGAGCCUAUAGCGACAAAUGCUAAUCUAAUCGCAGCACCAAACGGUCCAAACCACUACUCGUCCGGCUCCAUUGGACCCUUCUUUGCAGUCAUCUCUGUUCUUGUCGUUCUUGCAGUUCUCUCCUGCUUCUUGGGCCGGAUAUGCGCACGGCGCCGCCAGAGCACUGUUUUAGUGGCUGAAGCCAAUCCGCUUGAGAUGAUAAAGAGUGGUGGGCUUUUAGGGUAUCUGAGACGGAAAUGGAGACGCUGUUUGGCCGGAGAUGUGGAGGCUGGAGCUAAAGUUUCUGAUUGUGCCGGCAAAGAAACACCUAAAGUUGGUGAUCAAGCUCUCGUUUAGAAGCUCCCUUUCUUAUUCAUUAUGUAUGUUUGGCCUGAUCUCUUUUACUCACUAUCUAUGUUUGAGAGAAACUUGUAACAAGUGUUUAGAACCAUUUCAACUAGAACGUAAGCAAAUUAUAUCUUCUUAGAAUUGUUAAUUUCACAGUUCUUCAACUUCCAUCUUGUGAACCGUAGCCAU